GACAGCUAUGACAUUAGUCUCAACAAUUAGCACUUGUGUUAUCUUAAGGAUGUGACACGAUUGGCUUUGCAUUUGAAAGUGUUCUUACUGCAGCAUGUUAGAUGAAUUAGGUUACAUUAUUGCAUUAUAAUACACGUGGACAGAUAUACUUGUAUAUCAGAUAAUGAGUUGCACAAGGGGUCUAGCAAUGUUUUAUAGUAAGUUAAUGAUACGGGAUCACAUGACAUCUCAUAGGAAGCAGCCCUGACAGAAGGCUAUCUGUUUUCUACCUUUCCUCUUUGAACAAAGACAGUGUGAAGUCAGGGAAGGUGUUUUGUUUCUGUUUCUAGGCUUCUUGCACCAGGGUUACUACUCCUCAGGGUGUGUGCCAAGGGGAGGGAGCCUCCCUUACUCUGGCUUCCUCUCCACACACUGCUCAGCUGAUGCCUGCAGUCACACUUGAUUCCAGGCUCAGGACCUUCUGCCAGAUUUGAAAGCCUCUCAAGAAUGAGAUGGAUUCGCCCGAGAAACUGGACAAGAACAGCUUAGUGGGCAUCAACAAAAACCGGCUUGGUGUGUGUGGCUGGAUCCUGUUUUCCCUCUCCAUGCUAUUGAUGCUCAUUACCUUCCCCAUCUCCAUAUGGAUGUGCUUGAAGAUCAUUAAGGAGUAUGAACGUGCUGUUGUCUUCAGACUGGGACGCAUCCGAGCUGAUAAAGCCAAGGGACCAGGUUUGAUCCUGGUCCUGCCCUGCAUUGACGUUUUUGUCAAAGUUGAUCUCCGAACAGUUACUUGCAACAUUCCUCCACAAGAGAUCCUCACAAGAGACUCUGUGACCACCCAAGUGGAUGGAGUCGUCUAUUACAGAAUCUACAGCGCUGUCUCUGCAGUGGCCAAUGUAAAUGAUGUUCACCAAGCCACAUUUCUGCUGGCUCAGACCACUCUGAGAAAUGUCUUAGGGACACAGACCUUGUCCCAGAUCUUAUCUGGUCGAGAAGAGAUUGCCCACAGCAUCCAGACUUUGCUUGAUGAUGCCACUGAGCUAUGGGGGAUCCGUGUGGCCAGGGUGGAAAUCAAAGAUGUCCGGAUUCCUGUGCAGCUGCAGAGGUCUAUGGCGGCUGAGGCUGAGGCCACCCGGGAAGCCAGAGCCAGGGUCCUUGCGGCUGAGGGAGAAAUGAAUGCUUCUAAGUCACUGAAGUCGGCUUCCAUGGUGCUGGCAGAGUCCCCCAUUGCCCUCCAGCUGCGUUACCUACAGACCUUGACCACUGUGGCCACUGAGAAGAAUUCCACCAUCGUGUUUCCCCUGCCUAUGAACAUACUUGAGGGCAUUGGUGGCAUUAGCUAUGACAACAAUAAGAAGGUCAAUGCUAAGGCUUGAGGUCUUCCAAGUGACUGCUUACUGCUUGGAAAGAAAGGCCUUUCUGUACCAUGACAAGUCAGCCAUUAGAAAAGAGAGUACAGUAACUCCACAACUAGCAGAAUUCCCAGGGGAAGCAUAGCACCUACACAAACACAAACAAAAACAAAACUGAGAGCUGUGCAAUACAUUUAUUUUUAAGGCAUAGCCAAUAUUCAAUAUUCUUCUGCAAUUAGUUAGUAGUUGUCCCUGACAAUCAUCAGGGGCUUUCUCUCUGAAGCUGUGUUGGAGAAGGACCCUAGGGCAUUUGGAAAGGAAAGCAGAGGCUGCCAUUUUGCUAUGUAUUUUAUCUACUAUUCCAAUAAAAUUACUUGUUCAAGUAGAUAUGAGGAAACCCAUCAAGACUGAAAAUUGGGAUCAAUUUGAAUGUAGAAAACGAAGUUCAGCUGCAAUGUAGCAGCAACAGUGUAGGGCAACGGUACGGCUCUCUCAACAUCCUGCAUGUCCUGUCAAGGUGUUGGCCAUUCUCAGCAUCAUGCACAUUUAGCAGGAGCAGAGAAACAGCAAGGCAGAAACAGGGCGGUUUUCUUACUAGUCAGAACACCUGUAACCACUGGGGAGGUCGUUCUGUGAACUGCUUGUUUUCACUCUGCAAGUCCCAAGAGCCAUAGUGAUUAAGAGCUGUUUGUAAUCUCUUCCCAACUCAAACAACUGUUGCAAA